UUGCGUUGCACGUGUUAUUUUGAGUUACUCGCUCGAUAUCUGGAUAAAAUGGACAAACCCAACGUUCUAGCUCGCGUUGUUAAGGUCUUGGGCCGUACUGGAUCCCAGGGACAAUGUACUCAGGUCAAAGUUGAGUUCAUCGGAGAGACCAGCCGUCAAAUUAUCAGAAACGUAAAGGGACCCGUCAGAGAUGGAGACAUCCUCACUCUGUUGGAGUCUGAGCGUGAAGCCAGAAGAUUAAGAUAG